AUGGGGCUCCGCAAGCGCCUCGAACUGUACUCGGACAACCCUGAGCUUGGAUCCGAGGCAGAAGGUCCUGUGUCGAACAAGGAUCUUGACCCUGUCCCUCUAGGAUCACCAGAACGAACAUGGACUUGGCCCAGUCUGCUGGGAUUCUGGAUUGCUGAGGCCUUUUCCAUUUCCAUGUAUCAAGUCUCAUCAACAUCCGUUUCCAAAGGCUUGAAUCCAGGUCUCGCCAUUGUCGCCGUCCUCAUCGGGCACGCCUUGGUAUGCAUUCCCGCCAUGCUGGAUGGCUACGUCGGUAGCGUCUUUGGAAUCAACUUCCCCGUCUUUACACGCGCCAGCUGGGGCAUGCGAGGUUCGUACUUCGCCGUCUUCGUGCGCGGAGUCGUCGCCUGCAUCUGGUUUGGAACCCAGUCCUUCCAGGGUGGUCAGUGUCUUCAGAUCAUGAUCUCAGCAAUCUGGCCAAGCUUUAACAGCUUUCCCAACCACUUGCCUGAGAGCGCCCAUGUCACGAGUGCCGAACUUCUGUGCUUCUUUCUGUUCAUCAUCGUCCAGCUACCGCUGCUGUGGCUGCAUGUAUCAAGUCUCCGGUACAUGUUCAUGGCCAAGACGAUUGUGAUGCCGAUAUUUGGCUUGACUCUGUUCAUCUGGGCUCUUGUUGCUGCUCACGGCUUCGGUCCUACGUUUUCGAAGCCUACGCACAUAAAGGACGGCACGCCGGCCGCUGUCGUCUUCUUACAAUGCGUGACAACCGCCAUCGGCCCCAAGGCGACGCUGGCGCUCAACAUGCCCGACUUUACAAGAUACGCCAAAUACCCGCGCCAAGUCUUCUGGACACAGGCUGUUGGCCUCAUAGUACUCGUCACCAUGUGUGGUGUCCUCGGUGCCACAGUGUCGUCUGCGGCUGAGGUCAUUUACGGAGAAGUGACGUGGAAUCCGCUGGAAGUGGCCGUACUCUGGAACAAUCGCGCCGCCCAGUUUUUCGCCGGCCUGUGCUGGGCCUUCGCCGUCAUUGGAACAAACAUUUCGGCAAACAGCGUCUCCUUCUCGAAUGACUUGGCGCUGUGGUUCCCUAAAUAUAUUAACAACCGCCGCGGAGCUUACAUAUGCGCCAUCCUUGGGAUAUGCGCCGUUCCCUGGAACAUUCAGUACAAUGCCAAGUCUUUCUCCUCGUUCCUUGGCGGCUACUCGCUAUUUCUUGGUGCCAUUGCUGGCAUUAUUUGCGUGGAUUUCUGGAUUUGCCGUUCGCGUCGCCUCUCGGUCACGUCCCUCUACAAUACUCGUGGUACCCAUUGGUAUACUGGCGGGGUAAACUUUCGUGCUGUGAUUGCUUUUGUCUGCGGUAUCGCACCAAAUAUGCCUGGUUUGGCAGCUGCCUGCGGCCAGAGCGGAGUUCCGAAAGGUGCCACGUACCUCUACAGUUUGAGCUGGUUGGUGAGCACUCUUGUUGCAGGCUUUGUCUACUGGGCAGGUUGGAAGAUUAAGCCAUUCCCAAUUGACGAGAAGAGAGAGCUAUACAUCGAGGGCAGCGAGGCGGAAAUAUACGCGCCGGAGGAGACCAAUUCCGUGACCGGCAAAGCACCGGAUGCAAAAAUCUCCACGGGACCUGGGGUGUAG